UGUUAAUGUCCCUAGUGUAUUUUUUCCAGGCAAAGAUAUUUUUGUAAAGUAUGUUCAUAGGAAGAAGGAAAUAGACAAGAGUACAACAUUUUGUCUACGCGUGUCAAGUCCAUCUCGUGCGCAUGGCGACUUGUGUGAAGCAAGAUGUCCUGGUGCAAGACCUUAGAUGACCCUACCGAACCGGCCGCCCCCCAGAACUGGAGCCAGACCUACAUCCAGGAAGAGUUUGAGUCACUGGUGGUGGACAAGAUUUUCGUCACCGUCUGCGGCAUCUACGUCGUACUGAUCGGGUUGUUGAACUUGAUCUCCGUGUGCGGUAUCAUGCUGUACCCCGGCAGUCGAUCAGCCAGCAACCUGCUGCUGGUCAGCUUGACCUUCGCUGAUCUACUCAUGGCUUUCUACUGUCUUCCGCUGUUCAUCAUGAGCAAGAUCAACUGGACGAAGGUGUAUAUUUUCUGUAAUAAGUACACCUGUAUUGGGAUGUGGUCGGCCGUGAUUUUAUCGGGGUACGGCUCGCUGUGUGCGUUGUUUGUCAUAGCGGUUGACCGGUACAUUUACGUGGCCAGGCCCAUGUAUUACAUACAGCGCAUGACGGUGAGUCGGAUACUGGCGGUCGUGCUCGUCAUGUGGAUCUACAUCGUCGCCUUCGCGGCAGCCCCAGUACGGUGGAACAACUUCAACACAACAGAACACGACCCGUUCAAACGGUGUAAUUUUUACACCAAUCUUCCUCACUAUUACCUGACCACCCUGUUGUGUAAGUGCUUCUGCUUGAUUAUAAUCUCGACCUGUUUGAACAUCCAUUUGUGUUUGAUCGUCCGCCGGCAGCUGGCCGGGGUGAGAAAGAUGUCCACCGUCUCUUCCAGAGACGCCCAGGUGGUGGUGCAGCGAAAAUCUAGCGUGACAAGAGCGGCUUGUUUCAUGUUCGUCUACGCUAUCUUGUGGCUGCCGUUCUUAGUCGUCGGUUACCUCAUCGGCACCGGCACCUUCACUGGCAAGACGGUGCACGUCGUCAAAAACCUCAUGCUCCUGCUGUGUUUCGGCAACUCGCUGGCCAACGCGCCCAUCUACUCCCUGCUCAGACCCGAGUACCGGGCCGUGUACCGGAUCAUGUUACAAACGUGGCCGUGGAACUGGUCCUGGGCGCUCCGCCAGCACUUCCAGAUCUCCUUGGUGCACAGGACGGUACCGAGCUUCACGAACUUAACCUGGAACUUUUCGACAGAAACUUGACACGUGACUCCUGUAUAGACUCCACGUAUAGACAAACCUUUAGGCGAAAGUGUCGAACAUCACGUGAAAGAUCCGUCCGCGUCGUUACAGUAAAUGCUGCCACAUUUUAU